GUUUUUGUCAAAAGUAUAAUAAGUUUUAGACAUUUCACGAUCAUGCCUUGCGAGAACUGCAAUGCUUCGUUCAAUAUAUUUAAACGAAAAAAAUCAUGCUUCUCGUGUCAACGUUUAUAUUGCACUAAUUGUUUGGGAAAACGCAAAAAAAAUGUUUGUUUUCGUUGUGAAAUUUUUCUUCAAAGACCAGCUCCAUCGAAAAAAGAACUUAUGGAAUUGAAAACAAAGGACUUGAUAUUUUAUUUGCAAUCAAAGAAAAUUAAUAUUGCUGGUAUCGUGGAGAAGGAAGAAUUAGCUAAUUUAAUUAUUAACCAUGUUAAUUCUAAUUCGUAUUAUGAUACUGCCACUGGUCCAUCUAGUACAUCAACAACACCAAACCAUGACUUUGAUAAUUACCAACAAAGCUUUGAUCACCUGAAGCAGACUUGCCAAAAUCUCUUCACUUCAAUUUCUGAUAAAAUUACGUCAGAUUUCCAGAAAACACCUUAUUUUAAUAAUAAUCAACAAAGUCAGCAAGCGAAUGUCCCAACGACACAACAGCCUCGUCGAACCAGUCAAACACCAACAGCCCCAACACCAAAUAGUACGAAUUUCAUAAAUCGUCCUCAAGAAUCACGCGCACAAAACUCAUCAAGGCCCUCAAAUCAUACUCAAAGUUCAAGGACAUCUCAUGUUCACCAGAAUCAAGAUUGUGACUGCUCAGAUGAUGAAAUUGACGAAAUUUCAGAAAAACGUCAAAAUACAUUAUCUAUCGAUGAAUUCAAUACAACUGUCGCCUCUAGUCCCAUGCAAACUUCAAAUUCCAAUGACAUAACUCGAUCAUUCAUUCCAGACACUGCUACAAAUACAGAAAUCAGAAGACUUACUCGAAGACGCAGUGACAGUUCGUUAUUGAGUUUGAGAAAGUCAAACAGCAUAACAAUCGAUGCCUCGUCAUUAGAUACAAGUCAAGUGAAGAAAUUGAAAAUCUCGUGCAAUAAAUGUGGCAAAGCAAAGUCAAAAAUCAAAAGUGAAAUUCUAAAACUUAGCGAACAACUUAAAGCAUCAAAUAAAUCUGAAGCGGAAAUAAAUACUAAAAUUAAAGAAUUUCUAGACUAUUUAGAAUCAAAAAGUCAGCCUUCGGAAAUGACCGAAACGGAAAAUUCACAAAAUCAAACAAAUCAAAAUGAAGAAGACGAAGAUAUGGAAGGUGCUCGAUAUAUCCCACAUUCCAGAUCACAUGAUGAGAUUGAAGAGAAUAUAUUUGAUGAGAAUGAAGGAAUUAAUGUUUAUCCUUCAGUUAUUGAAAGCGAGACUUUCAUGCAAGCAUCAACGAGUACUCCGAAACGUUUCAUUUCUCUCAGUGACAUCCAAUCGAGUGAUGAAUUGGAAACUUUAAAUGUGAAACAAUUGAAAGAAAUUCUUAUGCUUAACCGAGUUGACUUUAAGGGCUGCUGUGAAAAAAAUGAAUUAAAGGAGCGGGUUUUGAGACUGUGGCAAGACCACAUAACUGCACCUCCAUCAGAGAAACUUCCCAGCGAUGACUUAUGUAAGAUUUGCAUGGAUGCUCCCAUCGAAUGUGUCUUCCUUGAAUGCGGUCAUAUGGCAACCUGCACAGCAUGUGGAAAGAUUCUAAGCGAAUGUCCAAUUUGCCGAAGCUACAUUGUUCGUGUUGUUAGAAUUUUUAAGUCGUAAGUUUAUUCAUUUAAUGUCACGCAACAAGUUCAUAACGUUCCUUAGACUUUGUUAUUUGUCAAUAGUAACACAUUGACUAAUUUUGUAAAAUUCUCUUUCAUAAUUUUCUUUGCGGGUAAUUUCCUUUUAAUCGAAUGAUGUUGGUUUGAAUUGUAAAUUUUUCUAUUUCAAUCAAUUCCAACAUCACCCAAAUAUGUAUGCAAUUAAAUGAAUCAUUUCCUUCUGUUUUCGAGGUCAGUUUCACUGCUAGUUGCAGAGAUGUUUGUUACCUCAUAAACUUUUUUGUGCCAUUUGCAAAGCAUUUGUUGAAAACACAAAAUAUAUUCCAGUAAUCGAAUGGGGUGCUGUGAUAGACGAGACAUCAUUUGUUAGAUGAUUAUUCAAGAUUUGAAUAAGACGAGAAGUGAAAUUCUCACAAAAUUUUCCUGCUUAGCCACUUGCGAAUGAUGUCUCUGGUCAUGUAGAAAAUAUUUUGUCAAAACUAACAUUUAAGCGCCUCUUAGCGUUGUUGUCUAGAUUUUUCUUUAAUGAAAAUUAUCGUUAAAGAAUUAAAAAAGAAGAAUUUUAGACUUUUAACGUUUAAUGUUUGAUUUGCUUCCUUCUUAAAUUGCAUAGCAAUUUAACCAACAUAAAUUAAGUUAAAAGUUUUCCCACUUUUUAAAGAGAUUUCAAAGAAAGGGAAAAUUUAUUUUAAACAAUUAUCCAGAACAAGUAAAAGGGAAAUUUUAUUUUUAACAAAUAAAUCAACAUUAAACGUCGAUAGUCCGACUCAAUCGUAUUAUCUAAUCUUUUAUCAUUUGCUCUCACUUUCUGAUGUUUAAUGAUAUUAAAAUUUUAAGUAUCAAAGAA